AAACAUUCCAAUAAUACACGCUGGCAAAUAAAAUAAAAAAAACUUCGACGCAAGAUGUAUAUCAUGAGGCUCUCGCUUCGUGCUCUUCUUCUUCACCUUCUUUCACCAUCGUUUCAGUUCUCCCGAUCCAGAACCCCCACAAUCAAUACUCCACUACAUCUCGAUUCAAUUGAGUUACCUCCGACGCUAACUGACCUGGAUCUCACGGUGAACCGUUUAUCAGAACUGGACUCGAGGAUCGCUCACCUCUCUAUGCUCAAGAAGCUUUCUCUUCGCCAAAACCUAAUCGAAGACUCCGCCGUCGAGCCUCUCUCUCGCCGGGACGCGUUGUCCGAUCUCGAGAAGCUGAUUCUCAGAGAUAACAAGCUAGCGGAAGUACCAGAUAUAAGCAUAUUCUCAAGGCUUUUGGUCUUUGACGUAUCUUUCAAUGAAAUCACUUCGUGCGAAGGAUUAUCAAAGGCCUCUAGCACGUUGAAGGAGCUCUAUGUGUCUAAGAAUGAAGUUUACAAGAUUAUGGAAAUUGAACACUUGCACGACUUGCAGAUUCUUGAGCUAGGGUCCAAUAGAUUGCGGGUGAUGGUGAAUAUGGAGAGCUUGACAAAGUUAGAAGAGUUGUGGCUGGGAAGAAACCGUAUCAAAGUUGUGAACUUGUGUGGGCUCAGAUGUAUUAAAAAGAUUAGCUUGCAGAGCAAUCAAUUGACCUCUAUGAAAGGAUUUGAGGACUGUGUUGCUCUUGCAGAGUUGUAUCUGAGCCAUAAUGGUAUCUCAAAAAUGGAAGGCUUGAGUGCGUUGGUUAACCUACGGGUAUUAGACGUGUUGAACAACAAGCUCACAUCAGUUGAUGACAUUCAGAGCCUCACAAAGCUGGAAGAUUUAUGGCUUAAUGACAACCAGAUAGAAAUACUUGAAGCUAUCACAGAAGCUGUUGAAGGCUCUAAAGCUAACAGCUUUCCCGGAUUCUCCAUGUAAAAAUGGAUGCUAAUGUAACUGCAAACUGUGUUCAUCCUGGAAUCGUGAGAACGCGUCUCACAAGAGACCGAGACGGCCUCAUCACUGAUUUUGUCUUUUUCUUGACCUCUAAGCUUUUGAAGUCCGUUCCUCAGGUAUCUAAGUCAAAUCAAUAUUUGAUCGAUUUUCAUUUAUAAAUCAUAUAUUUAGAAUUAUCCAAACUAACGUACGACAUCAUAAAAAUAACUUACUGAUCCCUAUUAAUUAUUUAUAGGCAGCAGCAACGACAUGCUGCCUAGCAACGAGUCCGAGAUUGAGGAACGUGUGCGGCAAAUACUUUUCAGACUGUAAUGAAGCUCGGACUUCUAAUCCGGAUCGUGCAAUCUUAAAGCUCAGAGACUGUGGACUGCUUCUGAGUUGUUGGUCACUCCAGCUUCCACUCCCGAUGUUUAUCAAACCUUUAACUACUUUUUAACCAACGAUGCUAUGUAUGUGUAAAGCCUUUCCAAGCUUCUUGGUUGUGAAAUGUUUUAGAUCAUUUGGAGGAGUAAUAAAGUUUAUAUGUUAUCACUAA